UGACACUCUGGUACUUUGCCCAUUUUCCCUUCUCUAGUACCCUUUUUUUUCCACUUUUCACCUUCUCUGCGCGUCGAGGACACGGCCUACAACAUCCUCGUUUUCAUCUCUCAAAGGUAUAUUCACUCUCCAGGCCUGCACGUUCCCCCUCGGGCCAUCCAUCAAGUGUAACGCCUGCAAUAAGAUUUUGUUCUUCACCUACUUUGACCCCCCUCCUCUGUCUUGGGGACGCUAACAGGCCUCGCAGUGUCUGGGCUUUGUUCUGUUCUCCCUCCAGCACACGCACUGUACUCGUACUCGUAGUGCGUUUUGGCGGCUGUAUCACACAUCAACGUCAUCCCCAUUUCUCGUCUCUAGUGGUCUUUCUCCCGAGAGAUUGGGUUCCCUCGUCAAUCGCCAGUGUUCGGUCGCUGGUCAGACAUCGUGACUAUAUACCAGGAUUGGGUUUCGACGCAAAAUCGACUGUAGGGUGGUGAGAUCUGUCUCGCAAGUUCCCCCGUCGCCCACAUCGCUAGGGGCUGUUAGGGCAAAAGCCAACCCUGCUACCUCGCAAUCCCUUCCAAGCCCUCUUGCCCUACCAGAGUAUAUGAGGCGCCUGCGCCUUCCCAGCUCUCAUCGACGUCACUUUUGCAACGGCUGACGUUGUUUCCUCCAUCUACGUAUUGCUUCAUCACCACCCGACAAUAUGGCGAGCGCCGCAGUCGCAACUCAACCAUCACAACAACACAUUGGGGCUGGCCCUACCUCUCGCACCUCGUCGCCUAUGGACAAUAAAAAAACCAACAAUGUGAAGCAAGCCUCAUCAACCAAGACUUCGCCUGUCCAAUCUAAAUCAUCAUUACCAGAAGAAUCGCAACCCACAUCGCAGGCCGACGACUCCAAGCCAAUCGUUCAAGCAACAGAACCCCUUGCACCUCCACCGCGACCUGCUCCUGCAAAUCCUACAGAAACCCCAGAUUACUUCUCAGCGGUCCACGCCAACGGAGGACUACAAGAAUUCAAUCCCUUUGAACAAUCUUUUGGGGCUCCAUCAACAGAGACGCCUGGAAAAACUCUUCUGCCGCCGGUCGCCGCACUCACGUCUCCUGCCAUCCCCGGCACGAGUUCCACUGGGGGAUACAAUUGGCAAAGUUCACUUCGAUCUGGGCCAUUGAGCCCCGCAAUGUUGACUGGUCCUCAACAAGGCGACUACUUCGACAUACCCGGCCGUGGUUUCCCAACACCUAACGAGUCCUCACUCCGGACUGGUCUUACUCCUGGCGGUGGCGGGUCUAUGUUCCCGGCCCCCAGCCCAAACUCACAAGCACUUUUCAACUCUUUGCAGAGUGGAGGCGCCACACCUGGAACACUUGACUUCCAUCGCACUGCUAUGAACGCGGCUGCUCGCAAUAAGAACAACCAAUUCGCAAACACUUCGAAUCCACAAGAAGCCCUUCCCAAGACCAACAUGGAUAAUCAACACGACGCGACAGAUGCCGCCAACGGUUUGUUUAUGCUAGCCAAGGGUGGCCAGCCCAACAACCAAUUUGCUGUUCCCAACCCUGCACAAAACCCGGCACGAAAUGGUCAAGACCAAAAGGCGGCCUCUUCAAAUGGCGACAGUCCGGAAAGUCACGAGGAUAGCAAAGCCAAUACCCGUGGUGGUCGCGGGAAGAAGUCCAAAGCAGAGCCCGCUAACAACCGGCGAAAGUCUGAAGCCAGCGCUAAAGGAAGCAAUAAGCGCGCAAAGGGUAACUCGGGAACUGCUAAUGUCGAUCCUGCUCUUGAUCCUCAUGAGGAAGAAGAUAUGGACAGUGACGAAGGAGAUGAUGACAUGAACGCGACCAACAGCAAUGGUAAGAAGAUGACUGAUGAGGAAAAGCGCCGAAACUUCCUCGAACGCAAUCGUAUUGCUGCCUUGAAGUGUCGACAGAGAAAGAAACAGUGGCUGGCGAACCUCCAGGCCAAAGUUGAAAUGUACUCUGCGGAGAACGAUAGCCUCAACACUCAAGUCGCUCAGCUCCAUGAGGAAAUUCGCAAUCUUCGGACUCUAUUGAUGGGUCACAAGGAUUGCCCGGUUGGACAUGCCCAAGGCAUUGGACAAUUCCUGAAUGGCAUGCAAGAUCCGAAUGGUUUUGCCAACCAACAUGUUAACCCAUACGGAAUGCCGAUGCCGAAUGGACCUCCGAUGCAACCUGGCAUGCAGCGGACGUAGAACGACUCUGACUUCAAACUUGUCUAACCCGUCCAAUAUCCAUAUCAAGAUUAAUCACUGUUAUGACCAUUGCAACGUUGGGCGAAUGAUCCCAGACUUCAAAAGAGCGGCACCAUCUUGAUGGCCCUGCUAUUGUCAUGCAUCUUUGCCUUCGCAAUGGUCUAUACACCCUCGACGUCGACCAUCAUGCAACAGGUUGGCUUCGAGCCAGUGCAAUAACGCGGCACUGUUUCUUUUAUCAUUAUUUUUAUUGUACAUAAAAUUGGGGUCUGUACAGCAGCAAAAGAACGGAGGGGGCACUUUUGAUCAGGACCAGCCAUGACUCUCCCUUGAUGCGUUACACGAGCACAAACAUAUGCGGUAUGUGGUGGAAGGAACGGUAAAAGGGGGGUACUGGUCUGGGGAGUCAUUGCAGUUGAAUUCUGGCGUUUCUCGGCGUGAUUCAUGUAUGAUUUUUCUUUCCAUCAGAGUACACGGCAGGCACAUAUCGAGCUCCAUGAAGGCUUUAUAUAGCUCACUCUUUCCGUAGGGUUUUUGAAACUUCACUGAACGCUUGAGCUAUGUGAUUGUUUUGCGGUCUUUUUCAGAUCUGAUAUGACGCCCUCUUGAUCUGAAUACGUCUUGCAUACUCCGCACACAAUAGAUUAACUAUUGUAUUGUUCUUUCAUCCC